AUGGACGAGCUCUUUGACGUCUUUGAGGAUACGCCUCAGGCGCCCAAGCCCUCGGGCAGCGCGCCGAAGCGUGCCAAGAAGGACAAGAGCAAGAAGCGUCAAGCCAACGGCGAUGUCAAGAUCCCUGAUGCACCACCCGUGGUAGAGGAGACUCCUGCUGAGGAGCCUGACGUUGAAAUGGAAGGCACUCAAGAACCCCCCUCUGAGACCGCGCCGCCAGACAUUAAGCGUCCUCGCCUCGAUCAAAUUCCCGACGCCGUCGUUGCCGAUACCUUCGAAACUGAGCAAGAACGCGAAAUCGCAACUGCUGCUGGUUUGGGAGGAUCAGAAGAUUCAACUCACAUGGUGGUUUCUCACCAAGUCCGUCAUCAGGUCGCAAUCCCCCCGAACUACCCAUACAUCCCGAUUUCGCAACACCAGCCGCCAGCAGACCCUGCGAAGGUCUAUCCUUUCACACUCGAUCCUUUCCAACAAGUCUCCGUCUAUUCGAUCCAGCGCGAGGAGAGUGUCUUGGUGUCAGCGCAUACUAGUGCCGGAAAAACAGUGGUGGCCGAAUAUGCGAUUGCGCAAAGUUUGAAGAACAACCAGCGUGUGAUCUACACCAGUCCAAUUAAAGCACUGAGCAACCAGAAAUACCGAGAAUUUGCGGCAGAGUUUGGUGAUGUCGGUUUGAUGACUGGUGAUGUGACCAUCAACCCCACUGCUACCUGUCUGGUCAUGACCACAGAGAUCCUGCGAUCCAUGUUGUAUCGCGGUUCCGAGAUUAUGCGUGAAGUUCAGUGGGUCAUCUUCGAUGAGAUUCACUACCUGCGUGACCUGAACCGUGGUGUUGUGUGGGAAGAGACCAUCAUUCUUCUCCCCGAUAAGGUCCGCUACGUUUUCCUGUCUGCCACCAUCCCCAACGCUAUGCAAUUCGCCGAAUGGGUCACCAAGAUGCACAACCAACCUGUUCACGUUGUGUACACCGACUACCGUCCCACCCCCCUCCAACAUUACUUCUUCCCCACCGGUGCCGAGGGUAUCCAUCUUGUCGUUGAUGAGAAGGGAGUGUUCCGUGAAGAAAAUUUCCAGAAAGCAAUGGGUUCUAUUGCGGACAAGAAGGGCGAGGAUGUUGCCAACCCUAAUGCGAAGCAGAAGGGCCGAGGUAAGGAUAAGACGAUCGCCAAGGGUGGCAACCAGGGUCCAUCCGACAUUUUCAAGAUCGUACGGAUGAUCAUGCUCAAGAAGUACAACCCGGUCAUUGUUUUCAGUUUCAGCAAACGAGAGUGUGAGCACGGUGCCCUCCAAUUAUCGAAACUUGCAUUCAACGAUGAUUCUGAGAAGGAGAUGGUGUCCAAGGUCUUCGACAGCGCCAUUUCGAUGCUGUCACCUGAAGAUCGGGCACUGCCUCAGAUCCAGCACAUUUUGCCUCUUCUUCGGAGAGGUGUUGGUGUUCACCACUCCGGUCUGCUGCCUAUUCUUAAGGAGACCAUUGAGAUUCUCUUCCAGGAGGGUCUCAUUAAGGUCCUGUUCGCCACUGAAACCUUCUCUAUCGGCCUCAAUAUGCCCGCCAAGACUGUUGUUUUCACUAGUGUCAGAAAGUUCGAUGGAACUAGCCAACGUUGGGUCACCCCGUCCGAGUUCAUUCAGAUGUCUGGUCGUGCUGGACGUCGUGGUCUCGAUGAGCGUGGUAUUGUCAUCAUGAUGGUCGGUGAGGAGAUGGACCCUGUUGUUGCCAAGACGAUUGUGCGUGGUGAACAAGACCACCUUAACUCUGCUUUCCACUUGGGUUACAAUAUGAUUCUCAAUUUGAUGCGUGUGGAAGGAAUUUCACCUGAAUUUAUGCUCGAGAGAUGUUUCAAGCAGUUCCAAAACACCGGCAACGUUUCCGGCUUGGAGAAGGAACUCCAUGAACUUGAGGAGCAAAAGGCCAACAUGGUCAUUGAAGAUGAGGGAACCAUCCGUGAAUAUUACGAUCUUCGCAAGCAGUUGGAUGGAUUUGCAGAGGACGUUCAGGCCGUCAUCAGCCACCCCAACUACGCACUUCCCUUCUUCCAGGCCGGUCGCUUGGUCCAGGUCAAGGAUAAAGACCAAGAUUUUGGCUGGGGUGCCGUUGUGAAGUUUACUAAGAGACAACCCCCGAAGAACUCCACGGAGGAGAUUCCCCCAAGCAAGUCAUACAUCGUGGACGUUCUCCUAAAGAUUGCUGAUGGGCCUUCCGUGGGGACCAAGACAUUCCAGGAUCUUCCUCCCGGUGUGCGACCGGCCAAGGAGGGUGAGAAGUUCCGCAUGGAAGUUGUUCCGGUUGCAAUUGGCUGUAUCCAUGCUUUCGCUCAUCUGCGUAUUUUCCUUCCCAAAGAUUUGACUUCAAUUGACUCGCGCAAUGGCGUGAAGAGAGCUUUGGAUGAAGUCGCCAAGCGAUUCCCCGAUGGCUACGCCCUCCUUGACCCCAUCGAAAAUAUGGGCAUCAAGGAUGAAUCCUUCAAGAAGCUGCUCCGGAAAAUCGAAGUUCUGGAGUCCCGUCUGCUUAGCAACCCCCUGCACAGCUCGCCACGCUUGCCGGAGCUGUACGAGCAAUACUCCGAAAAGGUCAACCUUGGCACCAAGAUCAAGGAGACCAAGAAGAAGAUCACCGACGCCAUGGCUAUCAUCCAGCUUGAUGAGCUGAAGUGCCGCAAGCGUGUGCUUCGCCGAUUCGGGUUCAUUAACGAGGCGGAGGUGGUGCAGCUUAAGGCUCGUGUCGCCUGUGAGAUCAGCACUGGUGACGAACUUAUGCUCGCCGAGCUUCUGUUUAACGGUUUCUUCAACAACCUUACUCCUGAGCAGUGUGCCGCCGUCAUCAGUUGUUUCGUGUUCGAGGAGAAGGUCAAGGAGGCCCCCGCCCUGUCUAAGGACGAGCUUGCGAAGCCUCUCAAGGAGAUCCAAGCCCAGGCCCGCAUCAUCGCCAAGGUGUCGCAGGAGUCCAAGAUGGCUGUCAACGAAGAUGAAUAUGUCCAGAGUUUCCACUGGGAAUUGAUGGAGGUUAUCUACGAGUGGGCCAACGGCAAGGGCUUCGCUGAUAUCUGCAAAAUGACCGAUGUCUACGAGGGUAGCUUGAUCCGUGUGUUCCGCCGGUUGGAAGAGUGUCUUCGACAAAUGGCACAGGCUGCCAAGGUGAUGGGCAGCGAGGACCUGGAGAGCAAGUUCGAGGAGGCGCUCACCAAGGUGCGCCGUGACAUUGUGGCGGCCCAAUCUUUGUACCUGUAG